UGAUGAUAAACAAAGGCAAUCAAAAAUACUGCAGUUCGUUGAGGUAACUGGAUUUUCAUGAUCAAUUACAAACUUAGAUCUCAGAAAGCACGAUCAAAUCAAUUCCAAUACAUGAGGUUUGCAUUCUCCUGUUUUCAAGAAAAAAGAGCAAUAAAUAUUGAGACCCGUAGGUCUACCACUCCGGGAAAGCGUGUCAUCCUUGUGCAGGGGCCAUGCUAAUCUUCUCUGUAUCG